AUGGCCACUCGCUCAACAUCCAGCCAGUCGCUGCCCGAUCUACCUUCUUCGCUUCCUCAAUUCCUCCGUCAAGACCGUCCUACCCUCGUCAGCAAAUUCAACUACAUCGAGCACCUACAACGUGAUCGCUUGACCGAGCAGUACGAGAAGCCUGAGAAAGAGUCGGAAUGGUCACGCUUGACAGGCGACCACAUCGCCUACCGCAAUCGCUACGUUAACGUCGAGCCAUUUGCAAACAACCGUGUCAAGCUGAACGUCGCCGACGGCUUUAACGACUAUAUCAAUGCCUCUCCUAUCCUACUAGGCCCACGCCACUACAUCGCUACUCAGGGUCCCAAGAACACCUCGACUUCGCAAUUCUAUCGCAUGCUUGCUCAAGAAUCUACUUCCGAUACUCCUGCUGUUGUCGUCAUGCUCACCCAAACACACGAGGCUGGUCGUGAAAAGUGCUUCAAGUACUUUCCCGACUCUCAAGACACUCCUCUUGAGCUACAUCCCGAUCCUGAUCUAGACGAUGGCAAAGUUGAACUUCUGUCAUCCGAAGAGGACACCGCCUGCCGAUGCACCAUCCGCCACCUACGCCUACACUACACAUCCUCCCCAGCUCAAGAAGGAGAAGAACGCCACUGGAAUGANAAAGAAAUCUACCACUUGCUCUUCGUUGGUUGGCCAGACUUUUCGGUGCCUGAAGGUGAAAAUCGCAACGCCAUGCUCAAUCUCAUCACCAAAUCUGCAUCUCUAAAUCUACCACCAAAUGUGUCCAAAACCUCAUCAUUCCCUCUUGAUACUGCAUCAGAUCAAACGGCACCGUCUACGGCAAGUCCACGUAUCAUUCACUGCUCUGCUGGUGUUGGUAGAUCAGGCACUUUCAUCGCUCUGGACUUCCUGCUUGCUCAUCUUGCACGUGGCAAUCUGGAAUCCGUCCCUGAUGAUGUCGAUCCGAUUCUGGACACUGUCAGUGCCAUGAGGAAACAGCGUAUGAUGAUGGUUCAGAGCGAAGCCCAAUUUCUCUUCCUCUACGAUGUCAUGCGUCUCGCUUGGCUAGAACAUCAUCAAGGCCCUGACACUGAUCCUUGA